AUGGCUGCCAAUGAGGCUGCAUCCGAGUCUGAGACUGCUUGGGAGAAGGUGCCGAAGAGCGAGACUGAAGCUUCAAAGCGGGAGGCCAGCGAAGCCGAGACUUCGCAGAGCUGGGACAUGCUCACCGACACAGAUGCGAAGAAGUUGAAACUGAGUGAGUCAGAGUCUGACGCCGCCGGCCUACCGCUGGAAAUGCCCAAGGUUUGUCCUAGUGAGCCACCGCUGAGCAGGGAGGAGUACGCCGCCGGCCGUAUGCCAAAGGUUGGUCCCAGUGAGCCGCCACCGAGCAGGGAGGAGUAUGAGGCAGCAAAACGCCUGGCAGUUCCAAAAACGCUUCCCAAGGCGUCGCCCAAGGCCGCUGGCCCUGCUCCGGCUCCGUUCCUUUUGCCGGAGUCUGAGAAGGAAUUUUCCUUGGGUGAUUUGAAGGAUGUGGUGACUUCUUUGGCCGCGCUCGAUGCUUGCCUCGUGCAUUUUUCUUCUGCAGCCAGCUCAAAAAAUUCCACGCCAGAAGGCACUCUGGACCCGGCCCCGGUUGGUGAGAACGCCGGCAAUGGUGAUGAGGCAAUGGCAACGGAUGCAGUUUCAGAGGCUGAUUAUGGAGGUGAGGGCGACGAGGAGAACGAGGCGAAGAGUUGGGAAGAGUUGGGUGCCAAGCACCUCAAUGCGUCCCCAGAAGCUCUCAAGCGCCUCACUGAACUUUUGGGCCAGCACAAGACAAACCUCGAGAAGCUCUUGGAACAGCAGGAAAGUAAGGAGAAGGCAGAGACCGCCGCUGGCGAGGUUUUUAAUGCCUUGAUGCGCCAGGAGUGGGACAGCGCGGCCGCUUUAAUUGACUACUCCGGGCUGACUCUUCUCCACCAUGCUGUGAGGAGCUUCCACCUCCCACUCAUUCUUCAAAUUGUAGAAAAGUGUCCAGGUUUGGCGAAUCGCCCCACUGCGCCCAACAGGCAACCAGGGCACUGGACCCCGCUCAUGAUUUUCUGCAAUCUCAAUUCCCAGGCGCCUAACUCGCAGCUGGCGGAGAAUGAGAAGGACAUCGGGUACCUCCUGUGUCAACAUAUGUCUCUCGACGGCCUCAACGUCAGGGGGACUACGUACUGCACGGCGACGCACAUUGCUGUCCCUCGCUCUAAGUGGAGCCUGGUGAAGAACAUUUUGUACCGCAUCAGCGACCUCGGUGGAAAGGGCCGGUCCGUGGUCGACAUCGCGUUGUCAUGCAACUUGGCUAUGGCCCGCUAUUUGCAGGAGCACUGGCAAGCCGAGCCGGCGCAUCCUCCGCCUGCCCGCUGGGAUUUGACUGCAUACAGGCCUCGAAAUCAGUACUACGACCGUGACCUAGAUCGAAAUGAAGACCGCGACAGUCGCAGUUGUGGAAGCGGCUGGCGCUGGGGCUGA